UAUUUAUAACAGAAGUAUUGUCUUCAAGACAGGAAUAAAAAAUAUCUUCAAAGUGUCAUAAAUAAAUAACAAAUUUGCUUUGUCAAUAUCUUUGUCAGUUUCAUUAACAAUGUUUUGAGAAAUGAAUAAUGAAAGCAAUGGGAUUCGUCGUUGACAAAGUUUCCGAAGACUCUUUUUACGAAAACCUGCUCCUGGGCCUGUCGAAAGUUCUGGAAAAAAAUCCCUGCAUUUCGAAUCUAUCCCUCAAACGCCUUUCCGGCGUCAGGCAAAUCGAAAUACGUUCCUGGGAGCAUAACAACGGGAUCAUCCUACCAGAAGACCUUAGAGCCUUUUAUUUUUCCACAAACGGAUUUUUGUACACGUACGACUUUUCUUACGACUAUUCCACGGGAGACCAACGCCUAAUCCGGCAAGGAAAAAUAGAAGUUAACCCACUAGAAGAGCUCGUGAGAACAUACGGCUAUGAGACGAAGAACCUUGCUCAAGUGGAACAAAUCGGGAAAAAGUACAAACUAACUCUGUCGCGCGACAGCAAAGUCUUCGAGCUUUGCACUGUGGACGACCACGCCAAAGUAGUCUUAGUGUAUACGACUUCCUACUCCAUCCCGAGCAUCUGGCUCUAUACCGCUUCCAUGUCUUUUAGCUUUCUAGCGGAGGACUUCACCAUCUACUUCCGGAUGUGCAUCGCCCACUUAGGCAUUCCUUGCUGGCAAUACAUUGUUUCCAAGGACGGUUUGCCCGAGUGGACGAAAGAGAUGUUUCUGCUGAUCGCCCCUGGUGUGCUUAGCGAAGAUCGGAACCUGAUUGAAGUUCCGAAGUUUAAUCUAGACGACGUUAAUAAGAUCGAUGUUAAUAUCUUCACGUCGAAUAGUUCAGUCAACGAACGCAGUGCAGCACUGCAGGGGGUACAACAAAACAAAGUCAAGGAGAAAAAAGUGAAAGGCGCGCCGAAAAGGCAUGUUAGUGCAAAACCGGGCAAAAAAGUAGGGAUGUGAACGUAAUAAAGUUGGGUGAAUAUUAAGGAUUUUCUUUUUGAGGCCCUAAUGCCCGUAUUUUCCGUAUAUCAUGCAAAACUAAACCCUACUAAACUCAGCUGAAAAUUUGAGCUCAGCUUGAACUAAGCUCUCCAAAGCCCAAAAUACAUGUGGCAACCCCUUGAAAUUGCUGAAAUUUUUCAUAUACGCUCAUCAAGUACAAUAAACAUGGAAAAAAAGGAAUUUAUGCCAAAAUCAAAGAUUUUUCACUGGUCAAAAUUGUAAAAGCGAAGUAGAAGUGAUCUCAGGUACAAACAAGUUAUUCCAUAUUUUAGAUACUCAAUCCUGGCACAUGGAAGCAGAAAAUUUCCUUAUUGUGAAAGUACACAAAAGAUAAAUGAAAUUACUGGAAAUCGAUACAGCUAAUAAGAAAAAUAUGUGAACUUUCAAAGUACAUUUCGCAUUGAAUAUAUCUAACACAU